AUGGCUGUUGAGAACCUUUCCGUUGUCCUGGCUGAGCGCCCUACCGCUGAAAUCAUUCCUGGCACCACCUUCACCCAGAAGACUUCCCCGGCCCCCACAUCCGACGACCUCAAAGAUGGAGAGAUUCUGGUUGAGGCUCUCUACCUCUCUCUGGACCCUGCCAUGCGUGGCUGGUUGAACGAUGCUCGAUCUUACGUCCCUCCCGUCCAGAUCGGCGAGGUCAUGCGCGGCGCUUCCGUCUGCCGUGUCAUUGCUUCCAAGAGCAAGCAGGCUGCUGCUGGCGACUACGUCUGCGGCUUCACUGGCUGGACUCAGUAUGCUGUCCUGCGCGAGGGUGCCUUUGAGCCCUCUUCCAACUACCCCGGCCUGAAGGAGCCCAAGGACAUGCUCUCUGUCUUGGGCAUGACUGGCCUCACUGCCUGGGCUGGUAUGACCAAGAUUGGCGAGCCCAAGGCUGGUGAGACGGUUGUUGUCUCUGGCGCUGCCGGUGCCACUGGCAGCAUUGCUGGCCAGAUUGCCAAGAUCAACGGCUCCCGCGUUGUUGGCCUUGCUGGCAGCGAUGACAAGUGCAAGUGGCUUGUUGAGGAGCUCGGCUUCGACGUUGCCCUGAACUACAAGGAUGCCGACUUCAAGCAGAAGUUCAAGGAGGCCACUCCCAACUACAUUGACGUCUACUUUGACAACGUCGGUGGUGAGAUCCUCGACAUGUGCCUUGCCCGCGCCAAGGAGCACGCCCGCUUCGUCAUGUGCGGUGGUAUCAGCCAGUACAACAGCUCAAAGCCCCAGGGCCCUUCCAACAUCUCCCGUGUCAUCACCAUGCGCAUCAAGAUGCAGGGCUUCAUUGUCUUCGACUACACCAAGGAGUACGGCGUUGCCCGCCAGCAGCUCGCUCAGUGGGUUUCCGAGGGCAAGAUCAAGAAGACUGAGCACAUCCUCACCGGCGGCCUCAAGGUUGCCGAGCAGGGCCUGGUUGACCUGUACAAGGGCUCAAACACUGGCAAGCUUUUGGUGGAAAUCAAGAACCCCAACGACACCCCCUCGAAGCUGUAA